CUCAGCUUCACGAUGGGAAAAUACUUCUACCUGUAUGAGAACAUCUCCAAAGUGGGCCCCUACGACGGGCCCCAGUACUACCUGGCCCCGACGUGGGCCUUCUACCUGCAGGCGGCCUUCAUGGGCUUCGUGUUCUUUGUGGGGACGCCUCUGAACUUUGUCGUUCUUCUGGCGACGGCCAAAUACAAGAAGCUUCGAGUCCCGCUCAACUACAUUCUUGUCAACAUCACCUUUGCUGGUUUCAUCUUCGUCACCUUCUCUGUCAGCCAGGUGUUCCUGGCCAGCGUGAGGGGCUACUACUUCUUUGGUCAAACGCUGUGCGCCCUGGAAGCAGCAGUGGGCGCUGUGGCAGGCCUGGUGACGUCCUGGUCUCUGGCCGUCCUCUCCUUUGAGAGAUACCUGGUUAUCUGUAAACCAUUUGGAGCCUUCAAGUUUGGCAGCAACCACGCCCUGGCUGCUGUCAUCUUCACCUGGUUCAUGGGGGUGGGCUGCGCCUGCCCACCUUUCUUUGGCUGGAGUCGGUACAUCCCUGAAGGUCUGGGCUGCUCCUGUGGACCGGAUUGGUACACGAACUGCGAGGAGUUCAGUUGCGCCAGCUAUUCCAAGUUCCUCCUGGUGACCUGCUUCAUCUGCCCCAUCACCAUCAUCAUUUUCUCCUAUUCCCAGCUCCUGGGCGCGCUCAGAGCGGUCGCAGCACAGCAGGCCGAGUCAGCGUCCACGCAGAAGGCUGAGAAGGAAGUGUCCAGGAUGAUCAUCGUCAUGGUGGCGUCCUUCGUCACCUGCUACGGUCCGUACGCUCUGACCGCCCAGUACUACGCAUACUCCCAGGAUGAGAACAAAGACUACCGGCUCGUCACCAUCCCAGCUUUCUUCUCCAAGAGCUCCUGCGUGUACAACCCGCUCAUCUACGCCUUCAUGAACAAACAGUUUAACGGCUGCAUCAUGGAGAUGGUUUUCGGAAAGAAGAUGGAGGAAGCGUCUGAGGUGUCCUCCAAGACGGAGGUGUCCACGGCCUCUUAAGGUUUGGGACAAAAAGCAACAAACCUCUGAUGGACAUGUGACUUCCCAUAAGAACUCUCAAAGGUCUAAGACCAGAAGAUUCGCUGUAAACUCGCAAAAGACGUCCGACCGCCAUGUAAAUACGGUUUAUACCAGACCUGACUGUUCGCUUCUCUGUAGAAGGAUUUGUUUAGAGAAAAGGCAGCAAAAAGCAAAUAAAAAAUGGACUCUU